GCUCCGUCGCCAGGGCGACGGCGCUGGCAACCGCGAAGGCUUGCGGGCCGGCCGGCGGGCUGCGCGUGAGCGCCGAGGUGGGCUCCGGCGUUGGCGGCCGCGGGCCGCUGUCUUGCUCCGUCCUGGCCGCCGCCAUGGCCGGCGGCAGCGGCGACGUGCGGAAGGCCUUCCUCUUCACCACGACCCAGAAUUACUUCGGACUGGUGUCGGAGCCCCGGGACCAGACGCUGACGUACGGCUGCCCUGAAAUCAACAACUUCCUGGACGACGGCAACCAGAUGCUCCUCCGGGUGCAGUGCACCGACGCCGGCGUCUCCUUCUCCAACGCGAUUGAUUUUGCUGACACAAAAGAUAAAGUGCUGGUGUUUUUCAAGCUGCGACCUGAAGUAAUUACUGAUCAGAAUCUACAUAAUAACAUUCUUGUUUCAUCUAUGUUAGAAUCACCUAUAAAUUCUCUUUACCAAGCAGUACGGCAAAUAUUUGCACCAAUGUUGUUAAAGGAUCAGGAAUGGAGCAGAAACUUUGAUCCCAAACUUCAGAAUCUUUUGAGUGAACUAGAAACUGGUUUGGGUAUAGUUCUACGAAGAUCAGACAUUAACUCAUCAAAAUUGAAAUUUAAGGAAGAUGAUACACGAGGUAUUCUAACACCAAGUGAUGAGUUCCAGUUUUGGGUAGAACAAGCUCAUCGUGGAAAUAAACAGAUUAAUAAAGAAAGAGCCAGUUAUUUUAAAGAAUUAUUUGAAACAAUUGCAAGAGAAUUUUAUAACUUGGAUGGUCUUUCCUUAUUGGAGGUGGUUGACUUGGUGGAGACCACUCGGGAUGUUGUAGAUGAUGUGUGGAGACAAACAGAACAUGAUCACUAUCCUGAGUCACGAAUGUUACAUCUCUUAGAUAUCAUAGGUGGUUCAUUUGGAAGAUUUGUUCAGAAAAAGUUGGGAACUUUGAAUCUGUGGGAAGAUCCUUAUCAUCUCGUGAAAGACAAUCUGAAAGCUGGUAUUUCAAUUUGUGAACAGUGGGUGGCCGCCUGUAAUCACCUAACAGGUCAGGCGUGGCAGCGCUAUGUCCCUCAUCCAUGGAAAAAUGAGAAAUACUUCCCUGAAACACUUGACAAACUUGGCACACGCCUCGAAGAGGUUUUGGCUGUUAGAACAAUUCAUGAGAAGCUUCUUUAUUUUUUACCUACCAGUGAAGAGAAGAUCAUAUGCCUGACUCGAGUAUUUGAACCUUUUACUGGCCUGAAUCCUGUGCAGUAUAAUCCAUAUACUGAGCCUUUAUGGAAAGCUGCAGUGUCUCAAUAUGAAAAAAUUAUUGCACCUGCGGAACAAAAAAUAGCAGGAAAGUUGAAAAAUUAUAUUUCAGAAAUUCAGGAUAGUCCACAGCAGCUUCUUCAAGCAUUUCUGAAAUAUAAAGAGUUGGUGAAGCGUCCAAUUAUAAGUAAAGAAUUGAUGUUAGAAAGAGAAACUUUACUGGCAAGACUUGUGGACUCAGUUAAAGAUUUUCGGUUAGACUUUGAGAAUCGAUGCCGAGGAGUUCCUGGUGAAGCAUCUGGACCGCUUUCUGGCAAAAACCUUUCGGAAGUUGUUAAUAAUAUAGUUUGGGUUCGCCAGUUGGAACUGAAGGUGGAUGAUACUAUCAAGAUUGCAGAGGCUCUUUUAUCUGACUUGUCAGGAUUCCGAUCUUUCCAUCGAAGUGCUGAAGAUCUCUUAGACCAGUUUAAACUGUAUGAACAAGAACAAUUUGAUGAUUGGUCCCGAGACAUUCAGUCUGGUUUGUCUGAUUCCAGAUCUGGUUUGUGUAUCGAGGCUAAUAGUCGAAUUAUGGAAUUGGAUCCUAACGACGGAUCAUUAAGAGUGCAUUAUUCAGAUCGGUUGGUGAUUCUUCUUAGAGAAGUUCGUCAGCUCUCUGCACUUGGCUUUGUUAUUCCUGCCAAAAUACAGCAAGUUGCAAACAUUGCACAGAAAUUCUGCAAGCAAGCAAUUAUUCUUAAACAAGUGGCACAUUUUUACAAUUCUGUUGAUCAACAAAUGAUUCAAAGUCAGAGACCAAUGAUGCUACAGUCUGCGUUAGCAUUUGAACAGAUAAUUAAGAAUUCAAAAGCAGGAAGUGGGGGAAAGUCACAGAUUACUUGGGAUAAUCCUAAAGAAUUAGAAGGCUACAUCCAAAAACUCCAAAAUGCUGCUCAGCGACUUGCCACUGAAAAUAGAAAACUGAGAAAAUGGCACACUACGUUUUGUGAGAAGGUGGUAGUUCUUAUGAAUAUAGAUCUGCUUCGGCAGCAACAGCGUUGGAAAGAUGGAUUACAAGAAUUGAGAACUGGCUUAGCCAGUGUAGAAGCUCAGGGGUUCCAGGCGAGUGACAUGUGUGCUUGGAAGCAGCACUGGAACCACCAGCUGUACAAAGCCCUGGAGCAUCAGUACCAGAUGGGCCUGGAGGCCCUCAGUGAGAACCUGCCGGAGAUCAGCGUGGACCUGACCUACAAACAGGGACGGUUACAGUUCAGGCCUCCUUUUGAAGAAAUCCGGGCUAAAUAUUACAGAGAAAUGAAGAGGUUCAUCGGCAUUCCCAAUCAGUUUAAGGGAGUGGGUGAGGCCGGCGAUGAGUCUAUUUUUUCUGUUAUGAUUGAUAGAAAUGCAAGUGGAUUUUUGACUAUUUUCAGCAAAGCUGAAGAUCUAUUUAGGAGAUUAUCAGCUGUUUUACAGCAACAUAAGGAAUGGAUCGUAAUUGGGCAAGUUGAUAUGGAAGCUCUAGUGGAAAAGCAUCCUACUGUCCAUGAUUGGGAGAGAAUUUUAAAAGCACUGAAAAUAAAAGGAAAGACAGAGCGACUUCCAAGUGCGGUCAAGGUAGAUUGUUUAAAUAUUAAUUGUAACCCUGUGAAGACUGUGAUUGAUGAUCUCAUCCAGAAGCUAUUUGAUACGCUUGUUCUUUCUUUGAAGAAGUCCAUCCAGGCUCACCUACAUGAAAUUGAUACAUUUGUUACUGAGGCUAUGGAAGUUUUAACAGUUAUUCUCCAGUCUGUGGAGGAGAUAGGCGAUGCAAAUUUACAAUAUAGUAAGCUACAAGAACGGAAACCAGAGAUUUUGCCCUUAUUCCAAGAAGCUGAAGAUAAAAACAGACUUUUACGAACUGUGGCAGGUGGAGGUUUGGAAACAAUUAGCAAUCUGAAAGCUAAGUGGGAUAAAUUUGAGUUGAUGAUGGAAAGUCACCAACUUAUGAUUAAAGAUCAGAUUGAAGUAAUGAAAGGAAACGUGAAGUCACGUCUUCAGAUCUAUUAUCAAGAACUGGAAAAAUUUAAAGCUCGUUGGGACCAACUAAAGCCUGGUGAUGAUAUUAUUGAAACUGGCCAGCAAAAUGCUCUUGAUACAAGUGCCAAAUCAAUAAAAGAGAAAAAAAUUGAGUUUGAUGAUCUUGAAGUCAUAAGGAAAAAGCUGGUUGAUGAUUGCCGUCAUUUUGGACUAGAAGAGCCCAGCUUCUCCUUGGCGUGUAGCAUCUCCAAGGACAUUGAGAGCUCUGCGCAGAUUUGGGCGCUUUAUGAAGAGUUCCAGCAGGGGCUUCAGGAAAUGGCCAGCGAAGACUGGAUCACGUUUCAGACUAAGACGUAUCUGUUGGAGGAGUUCUUGAUGACUUGGCACGACAGGUUACGGAAAGGGGAGGAACAUUCGGCCAUGACAGUGAAGUUGCAGUCAGAAGUCGACAGAUACAAAACUGUGAUACCUAUUUUGAAAUAUGUGAGAGGAGAGCAUCUAUCUCCAGAUCACUGGCUUGACCUUUUUCGUCUACUUGGUCUUCCUCGGGGGACCAGCCUGGAGAAGUUACUGUUUGGUGAUCUCCUCAGAGUAGCUGAUACGGUUGUUGCCAAAGCUUCAGACCUUAAAGAUUUAAAUAGUCGGGCACAAGGUGAAGUUACAAUCAGAGAAGCUUUACGUGAACUUGAUCUUUGGGGAGUUGGAGCAGUAUUUACUUUGACUGAUUAUGAAGACAGCCAACGUCGAACUAUCAAGCUAAUUAAAGACUGGAAAGACAUAGUAAAUCAAGUUGGAGAUAACAGGUGCAUUCUUCAAUCCUUAAAGGAUUCUCCUUAUUAUAAAGGAUUUGAAGAUAAAGUGUCAAUUUGGGAAAGAAAACUUCCAGAAUUAGAUGAAUACCUACAGAGUUUAAACCAUAUUCAGAGGAAGUGGGUAUAUCUGGAACCCAUUUUUGGCCGUGGAGCGUUGCCAAAAGAACAGACACGCUUCAACAGAGUUGAUGAGGAUUUUCGGUCGAUAAUGGCUGACAUCAAGACAGACAAUAGAGUCACAACGUUAACUACUCACGUGGGAAUCAGAAAUUCUCUGCUGACGAUACUUGAUCAGCUUCAGAGAUGUCAGAAAUCAUUAAAUGAGUUUCUGGAGGAGAAACGCUCAGCGUUCCCCAGAUUUUAUUUCCUCGGUGACGAUGACCUGCUGGAGGUGCUGGGCCAGUCGACUAGCCCCUCAGUGAUCCAGUCUCACCUCAAAAAGCUGUUUGCUGGUAUUAACAGUGUGUGCUUCGAUGAAGAAUCUAAACAUAUAACUGCAAUGAAAUCUUUAGAGGGAGAAGUUGUACCUUUUAAAAAUAAAGUUCUUCUGUCAAACAAUGUAGAGACCUGGUUAAAUGAUUUAGCCUUGGAAAUGAAGCAGACUUUGAAGCAGUUGUUGAUAGAAUGUGUUACUGCUGGACGAAGUUGUAAAGGUUCAAUUGACCCAUCCUUGUUCCCUUCACAGAUACUAUGUUUGGCAGAGCAGAUUAAAUUCACUGAAGAUGUAGAAAAUGCUUUCAAAGAUCAUAGUCUUCAUCAGAUUGAAACACAGCUGGUGACCAAGCUAGAGCACUAUACUGGCAUUGAUACCCGUUCUGAGGAUCCACGGAACACUGAAUCUGGCAUUCUGGAGCUUAAACUUAAAGCACUGAUUCUUGAUAUUAUUCAUAAUAUUGAUGUGGUAAAGCCAAAAGUGAAAAGUGAUCAUACAUGUUAUGUGCAAAUAGUGGAUUCUGAACUUCAGUAUACUUACGAGUAUCAGGGCAAUGCUCCCAAGCUGGUUUAUACGCCGCUGACAGACAAGUGCUACCUCACUCUCACUCAAGCCAUGAAGAUGGGUCUCGGAGGAAACCCUUACAGGCCCGCUGGGACUGGAAAAACUGAAUCCAUCAAGGCCUUGGGUGCACUUCUUGGGAGACAAGUUUUAGUUUUUAAUUGUGAUGAGGGCAUCGAUGUGAAGUCCAUGGGAUGAAUUUUUGUUGGUUUGGUAAAGUGUGGGGCCUGGGGCUGUCUUGAUGAAUUCAAUAGACUGGAAGAGUCUGUGCUUUCGGCAGUGUCUAUGCAGAUCCAGGCAAUUCAAGAUGCUCUGAAGAAUCACAGGACUGUGUGCGAACUGCUUGCCAAGAAGGUAGAAAUAAAUUCUAAUUCUGGAAUUUUUAUCACAAUGAAUCCUGCUGGAAAGGGUUAUGGAGGAAGACAAAAGCUACCUGACAAUCUUAAACAGCUUUUCAGGCCAGUAGCCAUGUCUCGUCCAGACAAUGAACUUAUUGCAGAAGUUAUUCUGUAUUCAGAAGGCUUCAAGGAUGCCAAAGUCUUGGGCAGAAAAUUGGUCGCUAUCUUCGAUCUCUCCAGGGAACUUUUGACACCUCAGCAACAUUACGACUGGGGUCUGAGAGCCUUGAAGACCGUUCUUAGAGGAAGUGGAGGCCUUCUUAGGCAGCUGAAGAAAAGUGGCAUUGAACAGAAUGUUGAGGAAAGUCAUAUUGUGGUACAAGCGUUGAGACUUAAUACAAUGUCAAAGUUUACGUUUGCUGAUUGCUCACGGUUUGAUGCGCUGAUUAAAGAUGUGUUUCCUGGGAUUGACUUUAAAGAAGUGGAAUAUGGUGAACUGAGUUCUGCACUACAGCAAGUGUUUGAGGAGGCCAAUUAUGAAAUCAUACCUAAUCAGAUCAAGAAGGCUUUAGAAUUGUAUGAACAGUUACGCCAAAGAAUGGGAGUUGUCAUUGUUGGUCCAAGUGGUGCUGGGAAAUCAACGCUGUGGAGGAUGUUAAGGGCAGCGCUGUGUAGAAUUGGCAGAGUGGUCAAACAGUAUACCAUGAAUCCCAAAGCUAUGCCUCGACAUCAGCUGUUAGGCCAUAUUGACAUGGAUACCAGGGAAUGGUCUGAUGGCAUUUUGACAAACAGCGCUCGCCAAGUGGUCCGAGAACCUCAAGAUGUCAGCUCAUGGAUAAUAUGUGAUGUUGAUAUUGACCCCGAAUGGAUAGAGUCCCUGAAUUCUGUUCUGGAUGACAAUCGACUCCUCACCGUGCCCAGUGGAGAAAGGAUUCAGUUCGGCCCAAAUGUUAACUUUAUAUUUGAAACUCAUGAUUUAAGUUGUGCCUCGCCAGCCACAAUAUCUAGAAUGGGAAUGAUCUUUCUUAGUGAUGAAGAGACAGAUGUUAAUUCUCUGAUAAAAUCUUGGUUGAAGAAUCAGCCUCCUAAUUAUAGGAAUAAUCUUGAAAACUGGAUUGGAGAUUACUUUGAAAAGGCUUUACAGUGGGUUCUGAAGCAGAAUGACUAUGUGGUUGAAACAAGUUUGGUUGGGACUGUGAUGAACGGUCUGUCACAUCUACGUGGAUGCCAAAAUCAUAACCAAUUUAUUAUUAAUCUCAUACGGGGACUUGGCGGAAAUCUGAACAUGAAAUCACGUCUGGAACUCACCAAAGAGGUUUUUAACUGGGCACGAGAAUCUCCUCCAGACCCUCACAAACCAAUGGAUACUUACUACGACCCGAGUAGAGGACGAUUAGCAUCUUACGUGCUGAAGAAGCCAGAAAGCUUGACGGCCGAUGAUUUCAGGAAUGGCCAGACUCUCCCCGUCGUUCAGACUCCUGAUGUGCAGCGACAGCUGGGUUAUUUCGAACCGUGGUUAAGUUCUGAUACUAAACAGCCCUUUCUUCUUGUAGGACCAGAAGGCUGUGGCAAAGGGCUGCUGCUAAGGUAUGCCUUUUCCCAGCUCCGGUCCACUCAGAUUGCUGUAGUUCACUGUAGUGCCCAGACAACAUCCCGGCAUCUCCUGCAGAAGCUGAGCCAGACCUGCAUGGUGAUCAGUACUAACACAGGUCGCGUGUACAGACCGAAGGACUGCGAGAGACUUGUUCUGUACUUGAAAGAUAUCAACCUGCCCAAGCUUGACAAAUGGGGCACUAGCACUUUGGUUGCUUUCCUGCAACAGGUACUGACAUAUCAAGGAUUUUAUGAUGAAAAUUUGGAAUGGGUUGGUUUAGAAAAUAUUCAGAUUGUGGCUUCUAUGUCAGCCGGAGGAAGACUGGGAAGACAUGAGCUGACCACCAGGUUUACCUCCAUUGUUCGUCUUUGUGCUGUGGAUUACCCAGAAAGAGAGCAAUUACAGACAAUUUAUGGAGCAUAUUUGGAACCGGUUCUCCAUAAAAAUCUGAAGAAUCACUCUGUUUGGGGCUCUUCAUCAAAAAUCUACCUCUUAGCGGGAUCUAUGGUCCAAGUGUAUGAACAGGUGCGGGCCAAAUUUACAGUUGAUGAUCAUAGUCACUAUUUCUUUACUCCUUGCAUCCUUACCCAGUGGGUUCUUGGCUUAUUAAGAUAUGAUUUAGAAGGAGGAUCCUCAAAUCACCCACUAGAUUAUGUAUUAGAAAUCGUAGCUUAUGAAGCACGGCGCUUAUUUCGUGACAAAAUUGUUGGUGCCAAGGAACUUCAUUUAUUUGACAGCAUUUUAAUGUCUGUGUUUCAAGGAGAUUGGGGCUCGGAUAUAUUAGACAAUAUGGCAGACAGUUUCUAUGUUACAUGGGGAGCCCGACACAACGCAGGAACAAGGGUGGCCCCAGGACAGCCGUUGCCGCCCCAUGGAAAACCACUCGGAAAACUGAAUUCCGCGGAUCUCAAGGAUGUUAUUAGAAAGGGCCUCAUUCAUUAUGGACGAGAUAACCAGAAUUUGGAUAUUUUACUUUUCCAAGAAGUGCUGGAGUAUGUGUCUCGGAUCGACAGGGUGCUGAGCUUCCCUGGAGGCUCCCUCCUCCUGGCAGGGCGGAGUGGCGUCGGCCGGCGGACCAUUACUUCCCUGGUCAGCCAUAUGCAUGGAGCCGUGCUGUUUUCUCCAAAGAUUUCCAGAGCCUAUGAACUGAAGCAGUUCAAAAAUGAUCUCAAACACGUGCUGCAUCUUGCAGGGAUUGAAGCCCAGCAGGUGGUUCUGCUUCUCGAGGAUUACCAGUUCGUGCAUCCUGCGUUUCUGGAGAUGAUCAAUAGCCUUUUGUCUUCAGGUGAAGUUCCUGGACUCUAUACCCAGGAAGAAUUAGAGCCUUUGCUGUUGCCCCAGGAUGAGGCUUCGCAGGAUGGUUUUUUCGGACCAGUCGUCAAUUACUUUACAUAUAGAAUUCAACAAAACUUGCAUAUUGUCUUGAUAAUGGAUUCUGCAAAUUUAAACUUCAUAAUAAACUGUGAGAGUAAUCCAGCUUUGCAUAAGAAAUGCCAGGUGUUGCGGAUGGAGGGUUGGUCAGAUAGCAGCAUGAGGAAAACACCUGAAAUGUUAUUCAGUGAAACAGAUGGUGAAGAAAAAUACAGUGACAAAAAAAGGAAAGAAGAAAAGAAAAAAAACUCAGUUGAUCCUGAUUUUCUAAAAUCAUUUUUAUUAAUCCGUGAAUCUUGUAAAGCAUAUGGUGCUACCCCAAGCCGAUAUAUGACCUUUUUACGUGUGUAUUCUGCCAUCAGUAGCACCAGAAACGAACUAUUAAAAAGACAAAGUCAUUUGCAGGCUGGUGUGUCUAAACUGAAUGAAGCUAAAGCUCUUGUGGACGAGCUAAACAGAAAAGCUGGAGAACAAAGUGUGUUACUUAAAACUAAGCAAGACAAAGCAGAUGCUGCUCUCCAAGAGAUCACAGUGUCAAUGCAGGAUGCUAGUGAGCAAAAGACAGAACUUGAAAGACUGAAGCACAAAAUAGCAGAAGAAGUUGUUAAAAUUGAAGAAAGAAAAAACAAAAUUGACGAUGAAUUAAAGGAAGUGCAGCCUCUAGUCAAUGAAGCUAAACUAGCAGUUGGAAACAUUAAGCCAGAAUCUCUUUCAGAAAUUCGCUCACUGCGUAUGCCACCUGAUAUCAUCAGAGAUAUUCUUGAGGGCGUUUUAAGGUUGAUGGGUAUCUUUGAUACAUCUUGGGUGAGCAUGAAAAGUUUCCUUGCAAAAAGAGGCGUAAGAGAAGACAUAGCAACUUUUGAUGCACGAAAUAUUCCCAAGGAAAUAAGAGAGAGCGUUGAAGAACUUCUUUAUAAAAAUAAGGGAUCUUUUGAUUCAAAGAAUGCGAAGCGAGCCAGCACGGCGGCCGCCCCUCUGGCUGCGUGGGUUAGAGCAAACGUCCAGUACUCCCACGUCCUGGAGCGCAUUCAGCCUCUGGAAACUGAGCAGGCGGGAUUAGAAUCAAAUUUGAAGAAAACUGAAGACAGAAAAAGGAAACUAGAGGAGCUUCUAAAUUCUGUUGGCCAGAAAGUAUCAGAACUCAAAGAGAAAUUCCAGAGCAGGACGUCAGAAGCUGCCAAACUGGAAGCUGAAGUGAGCAGAGCGCAGGAGACAAUCCAAGCCGCGGAGGUCCUGAUCCGUCAGCUUGAUAGAGAGCACAAGCGCUGGAAUGCGCAGGUUGCAGAGAUAACAGAGGAAUUAGCUUCUCUUCCUAAGAGAGCUCAGCUUGCUGCUGCAUUUAUUACAUAUCUUUCUGCUGCUCCUGAAGGUCUGAGAAAAACCUGUUUGGAAGAAUGGACCAAAUCAGCUUGUCUUGAAAAAUUUGAUCUAAGGAGAUUUCUUUGUACUGAAAGUGAGCAGUUAAUUUGGAAAAGUGAAGGCCUACCAUCCGAUGACCUUUCCAUAGAAAACGCUCUUGUUAUCUUGCAGAGUCAAGUAUGCCCAUUCCUUAUAGACCCUUCUUCUCAAGCUACAGAGUGGUUAAAGACACAUUUGAAAGACUCACGUUUGGAAGUUAUUAACCAGCAGGAUAGUAACUUUAUUACAGCUCUUGAGUUGGCAGUACGUUUUGGGAAAACCCUUAUUAUACAAGAGAUGGAUGGUGUAGAACCUGUUCUUUAUCCAUUAUUGAGACGAGAUUUGGUUGCUCAAGGACCGCGUUAUGUGGUACAAAUAGGUGACAAAAUUAUUGACUACAAUGAAGAAUUCCGCCUUUUCUUGUCAACAAGAAACCCGAAUCCCUUCAUCCCGCCAGAUGCAGCCUCCAUCAUUACGGAGGUUAACUUCACUACAACAAGAAGUGGGUUGCGAGGACAGCUUUUGGCUUUAACUAUUCAGCAUGAGAAACCUGACUUAGAGGAGCAGAAAACAAAACUAUUACAACAGGAAGAAGAUAAGAAAAUACAGUUAGCCAAGCUUGAGGAAUCUCUUUUAGAGACACUUGCCACAUCCCAAGGGAAUAUUUUGGAAAAUAAGGAUUUGAUUGAAUCUUUGAAUCAGACGAAAGCAAGCAGUGCACUUAUUCAAGAGUCACUGAAAGAAUCUUACAAACUCCAGAUUUCCCUUGACCAAGAGCGGGACGCCUACCUGCCUCUGGCCGAGAAUGCCAGCAAGAUGUACUUCAUUAUCUCUGACUUGUCCAAAAUUAAUAACAUGUACCGUUUUAGUUUGGCUGCAUUUCUCCGACUUUUCCAGCGAGCUCUGCAGAGCAAACAGGAUUCUGAAAAUACAGAAGAGAGAAUCCAGUCUCUUAUCAGCUCAUUAAAACAUAUGGUCUAUGAAUAUAUAUGCCGUUGUCUAUUUAAGGCUGAUCAGUUGAUGUUCGCUUUGCAUUUUGUUCGAGGCAUGCAUCCUGAACUUUUUCAAGAAAAUGAAUGGGAUACGUUUACAGGUGUGGUUGUUGGAGACAUGUUGCGGAGAGCUGACUCUCAGCAGAGGAUCCGGGAUCAGCUCCCAUCUUGGAUUGACCAGGAACGAAGCUGGGCGGUGGCGACACUGAAGGUGGCUCUGCCCGGCCUCUACCAGACGCUGUGCUUGGACGACGUGGCUCUGUGGCGGACCUACUAUCACAGUUCGGCGUGUGAGCAAGAGUUUCCGCAUAUCCUGGCAAAGAAGGUGUCCUUGUUUCAGCAGCUCCUCGUGGUGCAGGCGCUCCGGCCGGACAGACUGCAGAGCGCCAUGGCCCUGUUUGCCUGCAGAGCCCUGGGACUGAAAGAGCUGUCCCCACUCCCCCUGAAUCUCAAACGGCUCUACAAAGAGACACUGGAAAUUGAACCCAUCUUGAUAAUUAUCUCCCCGGGUGCCGACCCUUCUCAGGAACUUCAGGAGCUCGCCAACGCGGAGAGAAGUGGAGAGUGCUAUCACCAGGUUGCUAUGGGUCAGGGUCAAGCUGAUUUAGCAAUUCAGAUGCUGAAGGAAUGUGCCCGCAAUGGGGACUGGCUGUGUUUGAAGAACUUACAUCUGGUGGUGUCUUGGCUGCCAGUUCUGGAAAAGGAAUUGAACACUCUGCAGCCUAAAGAUACCUUUCGUCUGUGGCUCACUGCAGAAGUCCAUCCCCACUUCACCCCUAUCUUACUACAGUCAAGUCUGAAGAUCACCUACGAGUCACCUCCAGGUUUGAAGAAGAAUUUAAUGCGUACUUACGAAUCUUGGACUCCUGAGCAAAUCAGCAAAAAAGAUAACAUACAUCGAGCUCACGCUCUCUUUAGUUUUGCAUGGUUUCAUGCUGCGUGUCAAGAAAGAAGAAAUUAUAUUCCACAGGGUUGGACCAAGUUUUAUGAGUUUUCUUUGUCAGAUCUUCGGGCUGGGUAUAGCAUUAUUGACAGGCUCUUUGAUGGUACCAAAGAUGUGCAGUGGGAAUUUUUACACGGUUUACUUGAAAAUGCUAUUUAUGGUGGACGCAUAGAUAACUAUUUUGACCUUAGAGUUCUUCAGUCAUAUCUGAAACAGUUUUUUAAUUCUUCAAUAACUGAUGUUUUAAACCAAAGGAAUAAGAAAAGUGUUUUUCCGUAUUCCUUAUCUCUACCAAAAUCCUGCAGCAUUCUGGACUAUCGUGCUGUCAUCGACAAGCUUCCGGAGGAUGACAGACCGAGUUUCUUUGGUCUUCCUGCCAACGUAGCUCGCUCGUCGCAACGCAUGAUCGGUUCUCAGGUGAUUUCACAGUUGAGGAUCUUGGGCAGAUCAGCAAGAGCUGGUUGCAAAUUUGAUAGAGAAAUCUGGUCUAAUGAGCUGUCCCCUGUCCUCAGUCUCUGGAAGAAACUAAACCAGAAUUCAAACCUGAUUCAUCAGAAGGUGUCUCCUCCUAAUGAUCGACAAGAAUCUCCAAUAUUGUCAUUCAUCAUUCUGGAACAAUUUAAUGCCGUUCGCUUAGUCCAAAGUAUUCAUCAAUCUCUUGCCGCUCUCAGCAAAGUCAUCAGAGGAACUACCUUACUGAGUUCAGAAGUACAGAAAUUGGCAAGUGCUUUAUUAAACCAAAAGUGUCCUCUCGCAUGGCAGAGCAAGUGGGAAGGCCCAGAAGAUCCCUUACAGUACCUUCGAGGCCUUGUAGCUCGGGCCCUUGCGAUACAGAGCUGGGUAGAGAGAGCUGAGAAGCAGGCUCUUCUCUCUGAUACACUUGACCUGUCCGAACUCUUCCACCCAGACACGUUUCUCAACGCCCUUCGCCAGGAAACGGCAAGGGCUAUGGGCUGUUCUGUGGAUAGCCUUAAGUUUGUAGCCUCGUGGAAAGGUCGGCUGCAAGAAGCAAAGCUGCAGAUUAAGAUGGGUGGCUUGUUACUGGAAGGCUGCAGCUUUGAUGGAAGCCGGCUCUCGGAAAAUCACCACGACUCUCCCAGUGUGUCUCCCGUUCUCCCUUGCAGUGUGGGCUGGAUUCCCCAGGGUGCAUAUGGUCCGUAUUCCCCUGAUGAGUGCGUAUCUUUGCCUGUGUACACGAGCUCCGAGAGGGACCGCGUGGUAGCCAACAUGGACGUCCCGUGUGGGGGCAACCAAGACCAGUGGAUUCAGUGUGGAGCGGCUCUGUUUCUAAAAUAUCAGUAGUCUAACGAUAAUAAAAGCUGUCUUAGCAAAAAGGAACAUUUGCUACUUCAACUUAAAAUCAAUAGGUGGUCAGUCUACAUUUAAACUGUUAGUUCAAAAAAUUAUCACAUUGUUACCCACCUUGUGUUACUGAUCUCACUGGGUUUUUAUUUUAAUGGGUCAUGACAGUGCAUGCUACUUUUAAAGUAACAAUUCAUAGGUUCAUGUUAAAAUGCUGUAUUCCCUUGAGAACAUUAAAUAUUUUUGUGAGGCAGUUCAUGUUUCCAGUGGCUCAAAAAAUUAAUGUUGUAUGUAAGAGGUUGAAAAUAGUGUAUUUUAAGGAAUCUAAUUUGGCUACUUUUUGGUAUCAUAAUUUUGUAUUAAAAUAUAAGACCACUUUUUUCCACUCA